CCCAUUCGCGCACUUGACCCUUCCCGAUCUUAGUCUUGUCCAGGAGCGUCCUCGAAUCUGCCCGCGUCCUCCGUCUACGUCUACGUCUACGCCUACGCCUUUUGCUUUUACCUACCUGGCCUCGCCUCAUUUUUCCUCUGGGAACGCCCAACUGACAUUCUUUCUUCUCCUCGUUGCUCCGCUCGCCGUCUGUCGCUCGCCGUCCCGAGCAGUACAAAUCUACCUCCUGUCGCUCUUUUUGACAGUGGUCACCGACGCGUUUGCUGUUCAAUCCGUCUGAGUCCUUUGGCCUAGUCAGACCGCCGCAACCCCGUCACUACUAUCACCAUCAUCACUGUCAUCACUGCCAACGCUCGCUCUGUUUUCGUCUCUUCCCACCGCGAAUCUUCAACAAGUGCCGGCUUCACCACGCCGAGACACACCCUCUCCUCUCCAUCCACAAUGGACCAGGACCACUACGGCCAGGGCUACUACUCCCGCCCUGUAGCCGGAAUGCCCUCGACAGCUACCACGGCCUCGGCCACCCCUAAUCGCCCCAGCACUCCCAACACAGAAAACAGCCGCAACCCCUUUGGCGACGGCAUCGAGUCACAGGCUUCUCAGAGGGGCCCCGUCGGCACGAAUCCAUUCGGCACCCCCGCCGUCUCCCGUCCUGCCUCGAGCUUCGGCUCGUCCAGCGCUAUCGGCGCCCGUUUUGAUGAACGCUCUCAGCGCUACUUUCACUCGAGACGCAUUCGCAAGGAAGACGUCGAGAAGCCUUGGUUGGACAAGUCCGACCCCAAGGAGAAAUGGGUCACCAUCAUCCCCAUCGUCGGCAUCUUCAUCGGCCUCGCAGUCUCGGGUUUCCUCGUCUGGGACGGCAUCCGCAGCGUCGUCAAGCACAAGUACUGCCCCGUGCUCAUGGAGGACUUUGCCUCGGGCAGCCUGGACUCCAACGUCUGGACUAAGGAGGUCGAGGUCGGCGGCUUCGGCAAUGGCGAGUUUCAGAUGACUACCGCCGACGACGAGAACGUCUUCAUCAAGGACGGCAACCUCUUCAUUCGUCCCACUCUCACAGACUCGGCCCUCAUUGAGAAGGACACCGUCAUUGACCUGCUCAAGGAUGGCACUUGCACCUCUGACCAGCCCUCGUCUUGCAUCGCUGCCACCAACACCACGGCCGGCAACUCGUCCAUUGUGCCACCCACCAGGUCCGGUCGCAUAAACACCAAGAAGGGCGCAACCAUCAAGUACGGUCGCGUCGAGGUCGUCGCCAAGCUGCCCAAGGGCGACUGGCUCUGGCCCGCUAUCUGGAUGAUGCCCGUCGAUAGCACCUACGGACCUUGGCCGCUGUCUGGCGAGAUUGACAUUCUCGAGUCCCGCGGCAACAACUGGACCUACAGCCAGGGCGGCAACAACAUCGCCUCGUCCGCUCUCCACUGGGGCCCCGACCAGGCAAACGACGCCUGGUGGCGCACCAACAACAAGCGUCAGGCCCUGCACACAACGUACGCCGACGGCUUUAACACGUUUGGUCUCGAAUGGUCCCAGAAGUACAUCUUCACCUAUAUCAACAGCCGACUGCUCCAGGUUCUCUACACAAACUUCGAGGAGCCCAUGUGGCAGCGCGGCGACUUCCCCCAGACCAACUCCAACGGCUCCCGUCUCGAGGACGUUUGGAGCCAGACGGGCCGCGCCAACACGCCCUUUGACCAGCGUUUCUACCUCAUCAUCAAUGUCGCUGUCGGAGGCACCAACGGCUGGUUCGAGGACGGCAAGUCGGGCAAGCCUUGGGUUGGCACCAGCCCCAACGCCAAGAAGGACUUUUGGCAGGCCCGCGACCAGUGGCUCCCCACGUGGACGUCGCCCGAGCUCACUGUCUCCAAGGUCUCCAUGUGGCAGCAGUGUGACGGCAACGAAGAGUUGUAAAAGCAGCCGUCCCCGGCGCAACUUUUUUCUUUUAGUUUCCAUUUUUUUUUUCCAUGGACAGCAACACAUAGACGGCAACAUGCUAUUAGUGGAUAGACGACUGGCGCGUAGUGCGUUGCGGUUUCACACAAAGGACGGCCCAUCAUUUUGGAAUACCGAUAACACAUGGGAUGUUACCCAGGUGCAACAAGCACAUGUAUUUGACGACAAUGUCUUGGGCUUAUGAUCAAGAUAUUGGGACACAACAUAUCAUUAUCUACCCUAUCUACCUUAAUGAACUUUGAACAACUUACACGUACACAAAGUUGUUGCCCUCACUUCGCAUAGCCCCUUGUGAAAAGAGAAGUGGAAACAGAAAAGAUUCGGUUGAGAGACAAAGAAUGAAACAAUGACACCAA